GACGUUUUGUGACGUAUUGUGGUCUGUGACGUUUUUAUUUAUUUAUCAUUUGAUAAAUUUACAUAUUUUAAAUCUUUUUAUAAGUAUUAAAAAAUGAGAUUUUGAUUUUAACUACAUUUUGUAUCAUUCCGAUUACAUUCAUCACCCAGAAAGGCUUGCAUAUGAAUUUGGGGUUGUUUAAUCGUAUGAACUUAAAAGAAAGUAGUGAAAGUAAAGGAAUGUACUCAGAAUGGACAUCCCUAAGUUUAUCUACGCAAAGAGAAGGCGACGGAAAUCAAAGUGUUUUAGAAAAAUUCGGUUUACCUAUCAGUAAGGAAAUUACAACAGGACUAGUUCAUCAAUUAGCUAGCAAUUUGGGGAUUACUCAGCCUGCAGAACCUAGUCCUUUAAUUUCUGAUAAAGAUGUGCAAUGGUGCAUGGAAGUUAUCUGUUUUGGAUUAUCCCUGCCUUUAACAGAACAUGAAGCAAUAAAAGAUUGUGUAAAUGUUUAUUGUGAAUGGCUCACUGCUCUCUUACCACAUCCCAAAAUGUGUGUACCUCAACCAAUUUUGGAUGACCCAAAUAUUUAUUGCAGAAAAAUAAUAGGGCAUUUACAUUUUCUUUUCAUUCCACGCAAAGGAGAAGACUGGCCAUUUCUUUAUCAGGACUUAGGAUUCGAUACUAUCCACAGACAAGCUGUUUUUUGUCACAGGGUAUUAAGAACAUUACAACAAAUUGCACAUGAAUCAAAAAUAUUAGAAAGAAGCACAUGGGAGGCUCUUUUACUGUUUUUAUUAGGAAUAAAUGAUACAUUAUUGAGUCCGCCAACUGUUAAAGAUGAUGUAGCUGAUCAGCUGUGUGAGAGAGUACUUAGUGUAUUAUUUGAGAUAUGGUUGAUUGCGUGUGCUCAGUGUUUUCCUUCUCCGCCAUUAUGGAAAACGCUGAGGGAAUCAUGUAUGAACUGGCGACACCGAGUGGCAUUAAUCGAACAAUGGAACAGAGUGAAUCUAGGUCUAACUUCAAAAGUAUUAUUAUUUAUGUAUGGUACUUCUUUUCCAGAAUUAAAAAUAGGUGAAGAUGACUUAAUACCAUCAGGUAUCUCAAAUGACUGCAUAGCUCAAAGUUGGUAUAGAUUUUUAAACACUAUAGGCAAUCCUGUGAGUCUUACUAAGCCUAAGGUUAUUAGUCAAACUGAAAAAUUCCUUCAAUUUGCUAUAAGUACAGAUGGAGUAAUAGAUCCAUGCCAACAUCCCUGUUUGCAGAGCUUGCCUUUAAUUUUUUUAAAAGCUAUUAAAGGCAUUGCUGGACAAGUAGACGCUUUUUUGGGUAUUGCACAGCCUAUCUGGUGGGACAAUGUGGUGACAGGUGCUGGCAUCGACAAGAAUAAAGAAGCACAACCAAUCACUCAUUCACCUACACCCCCCACCCAACGUCGAUUAGCUAAAAGUUUUAGUGUCACACCAUCUUCUGUCAAUAAGGGUGUUCCAAAAGGCUCUUUAAUAGGCCUUACGACAAGUCGUACUUCAGCUGUACCACCGCCUCCUGCAAAUUCAGGUCCAUCUUCGGCUUCUAGCAUUUCUUCUCUAUUAUCAUUUGGUUCAGAACCUAGAACCCCCUUGGCACCUGGCAGAACAAAAUGUAAUACAAUUUUACACCUUUAUGGAGAAUGGUUAUUUGAAGCAGCUUUUGUAGGCUCCGAACUACCACAAAGAAACACUGGAGAUUCCAAAAGACCUAAUUCAAUAGUAAUGGAUGGUAAAUCGCCAUUAAACUUUUCUCAACCUGGUUCUAUGACAGAUAGCAGUGAAGUACCAUCAAAUUUAACUAUUGAUAAGUAUGAGAGUGGAAAAGCAGAAGCUUUAGGCACUUUAUGCCGAAUAAUGUGUGCUAAAAAAACAGGUGAAGAAAUUUUACCAGUGUAUCUGGCGCGAUUCUAUUUGGCAAUUCUCCAAGGUCUAAAAGUUCCACCAAACCGUGAAUGUGGUGAAUGCAUGGCGGCCAUUUUGAUAAAUUCCGCUAAUCUCUUUCAUUUAGACUUAGAUGGGGUAAGACUGCUAAUGCCUGCUUUUAUUUCGGCAUUAGAAGUAGUCCUACCGGAUAAAGACUUAAAAUUGAAAAACAGCAAUGUAAACAAAGUCGAAUUAAGAAAAUCCUGUAUACAGUUGCUGUUAUCAAUGUUAGUUUUGCCACUCCAUUUUCAAAAUGUUAUUAUAAAGGAACUGAUUAAUACAGGUUCUAACGAAAAACCAGUGACAUUCUUGCAGCUAAAGCCAAAAUUGAUGAAUUUGUUAAUGAAUGCUUUGCAAAUAGAAUCGGAUCCCCAAAAUACCCAUAUGCUUUUGGGAGGUUUAUUUUUGUGUGUGCAAGAUUCGGCAAUUUUUGAGAAAGUCGAACAUGUCACACAAACUUCCACAGAGGGAUCAAAUUUAUUGAGUUCAGAUUCAGCACAUGCUCUAUUCGUUAGAGCCACAUAUUUAGUGUGUCAUCGUUUGAUUUCGUCCUGGAAAACGGAUUUAAAUGUGUCUUUGGCUGCCCUGGAGCUUCUAUCUGGGUUAGCAAGAAUUCAUAUCAAGGGGUCAGAUGCUAUGGAAUGUAAAAGAGCAGUAAAAUGGUUAUGUGAUUAUAUAGUUUCUCAAUGCUCUAGACCUCCUCCAGCUCAUUCUAAAGAUCUCCAUUCAACCAUAGUUGCCGCAUUUCAAUGUUGUUCCGUUUGGUUACUAGAACAUCCUUAUUUGCUACGCGACAAAGACUGUCUAACUACAGUAUUAGAGGUUGCAGAAUUAGGAAUAUCGGGAACAAAAUCUGUAGGAAAACCAGGCGAACCCAUAAAAAUGAAAGAAGAAAAGGAUUUAAAGCCUGCCUCAAUGAGAGUACGAGAUGCUGCCGAGAAUCUACUGACCUGCAUACUUGAACAAGUUUCGUAUUUUCCUAGCGAGUGCGGACCUGAAUCAAUCUCUUCACUCUUGGAUGAAUUGUCGUUGUUGAAACAUUGCAAUUCAUGGCCUACAAAAUGUAAUGACCAAUCGGCAGCUGUGGAAAAGUUUCGGUACUUUGUUACUGAAGGAUCGGUUAUGCUUGCGUUACUUGAAGAACCUUUGGGCAAUGAUCAGGAUCCUCAGCCAACAGUUACUCUGCUUAUUAGAGGCCCUUUUGGUCGCCACGCUUGGACGAUGCAAUUACGCCAUCUACCAAGGCAUAAAUCGGGUACCAAGUAUCACGCUCAUAAUGCAUGUCGACCUGUAGUGAUGCAAGACACUCCUGUCAGGCCAGUUGUUAAGCAAAAAUAUUUUCCAGACAGUAUUGACCGAGUUAUGCAAUGCAAAGUGGAUCAAUCAAUUCCUUCAUUAGAUUCAGUAUUAUCGGGCGACGAAACUGUAAAUAAAGAAAUUAACAAAAUAUCCCAACUUGUUAAUAAACAAGCUGUAAUAGAAAACAAUAUAAAUAAUUCUCAUUCACAAGAGAAUUUAGACGAAUAUUCCCCACCACCAGUUUGUCAUGAUUUUCAAACGGCACGUCUAUUUUUGUCACAUUUCGGAUUGUUGUCUUUAGAAGAAUCUCCGAAUAUCCAAGAAGACAACUCACAUUUAGCAGUAUUAGACAGCAGCGCGAGCGAUUUUUGUAAAGAUCUGAGCAUUUUAGAUAGUAUGAGUCCAAGAACUUGUAACACGGUUCAUAUUUUUUAUGUAAAAUCUCAACAAACUCAUGCCCAAGAUAUUGUCAGUAAUAUUUUAAAUGAAAGCAGUAUAUCCCCUUAUUUUUCGGAGUUUAUACAUAGUUUAGGAUGGCCAGUCGAAGUCAGUAGUCAUCCAGGUUGGACUGGUCAUAUAUCUACAAGUUGGAAAAUACCUCCAAAUACGGAGAUUCAGCAACCAACGAAAAAGCAGAAAUCAUAUGAUGGUUCCUCUCAUAUCCUUUAUUGGGCAGAUGCAUGUUCCGAAAUAGCUUUUGUCAUACCUUCAGAGUGUAAACCAGUUGAAGCAAGUUCCGAGCAAUCUAGUUUCAAUGCAAGCACUUUGUCAUCAUGGAGUGAAAAGAGUUGGUCAGAUAAAAGAGCUUUAAGUUUAGAUUUAGAUAAGCAGCCGAUUCCACCAAAAAGAUCCGUGCACAAGUCAAUUUUGCAUCCUCAUACCAAUACCAAAAUUAUGGUAGUUUGGUUGGAGAGCUUUGAAGAUCACUUAACUUUGCCAAUAGGUGAUCUACUCAAUUGUAUGAACACAGGUUUGGAAAAAGGAACUAGCCAAAAAGUUAGUGAAGUGUUUGUAAUUUUCUUACAAAUAAUGUCUACUGGACUGUUGAGGGUGCAUUUACAAGGAGUAAGUGGUAGAGUUGGACUUGCCUCACCAUUGGUAGACGGUAUGGUUGUUAGUAGAAGAGCACUAGGGCCUCUAGUUAGACAUACUGCAAUGAAUAUGGCUAGACGAAGACGACUAGACAGCGACAGCUACCAACCACCACAUCUUAGAAGAAGAUUAAAAAUUCAAGAGAUUGUGCAAAAAUAUAAAAGGGAAAUGAGCAAGCCUGAAUUACUAACAUAUUUAUUUAGUAGUGCUUAAUUUUAAUAUAUAAAUUAUAUUAGGUGUAAUAUUUAUUGUUAUAGUUUUUUAUUUAUUGUAUAUUAAAAUAAUUGUUAAUGUCUAUUAAAAUAAGAUACUACUACCAAUUUUGCAUUACUUUAUAUAUUGAAUAUAUAUACAUAACUCUAAAUUCUAAAACUAUUUUUACAGAGAACUUGUUAUCUUUCUUCUUCUCAUUUGAGAUAACCAAUCUUCUAGUUGUUCUUUGGGUUCUUUACUAGGUUGAUAGUAAUGUUUAGGAGGUUUUCCUUCUUCUAAUUUUACGAAAUAAUGACAAUGAAAAUAUUCCACUGUGCCAAAUCUUGCUCUAGCGUGUCGUCUGAUGCCUUUGAUGACGGUUCCUUUGCCAACAAAUGAUUCAG